AUGAAGGACGAUUUGGAGUACUCGAUCAACGCUCAAACUUUUGAUAAUGUCGAUCCAACUCUAUUUCGAAACUUCAAGAUUGGUGCAUUGUUCAAUUAUGUAGUACUGGUAUGGGGUUUGACGCUACUUAAAAUUGCGCUGUUUGUGUCAGAUAUCUAUACAUGCAUAAAAUUGCUGGCAUUCAAUUCAUGGUCGAAUAACAUCAUACAGCCUUAUAUUCCAUUCCGUAUUAGCAAAUGGCUGUUUAGUGGCUGUAUUCUAGCUUCGAUAGCGCUACUGGUAUGGGAAACCGUUUGUGGUAUAAGAGUUUAUCGCACCAGAAAUAUUGCUCUGACAUACGUGAACAACUUUUCAAGAACAGCUUAUUCAAUCAAGGACUAUAACACCUUUUGCGUGCUAGAUAAGAUAAACCCCUCUGGGGCUUAUCAAAAGAUAUCAUUUUACACAUUCUUUGAACUGAAGGACUGCAUUCGUCUGUUGCUGGCUGAUACCCCAAGACAAGUCAUUAACGGACUAACGCUGUGGUCAGUACUUGUGACUGUGAAACCUAACGCACGUCUCGGGGAUUUAGAGUCCUUUGACGGGUUGAUAAGUAAGAUUAGGACCAUUGCUCAGACAAAUCAUGAAGAGGCAGUCAUACUGUCUUUCAUGUUAUUUUCAUUUGUGAUUUGGGCAUUCUUCAUCUCCAAGUUAGUUCUGGCGCUUAUAUUUGCGGUUUUUGUCUACUAUAGGUUGCUCAAUGAGCAGAAAUACGCUGGACUGAGAUCGUUUGUAUGUGCUACGAUAAGCCGCAACGUCGAUGCCCUAGUUGAAGAGAGGAAAAAGAAGUAUAAUGACCUGUACAACACUUCGGUUGUAUCUUUAGGUACCUUCGACGAAUUUAAAGGUCAAUCAACAAACGGUUCAAGUGCUGAACUUCUGAAACAACAGACCAACUUUAGUCGAACAAGUUCACAAAAUGACGAUCUGGAGGCACAAAAGGAAAAGAUGGGAUGUGACUUCAACGAGACGACGAUGUCACUAGCUGCCACUUCAAUGGUUGAUCAUACUGAUGAGCCAACGAUCAUGGAUUCAACGGCGCAUAUUCUUUCAACCGUCAGUCUAGUAAGGGAAACGUCACCUCAGUCGAUUACGAAAGAUCAUAGUUUCGAGAGAAACAGAAUUUGCACACCUGUUCAGGCACGGACUCGGUUACCGUACCCUCAAAGAAGUGACAGCUUAUGGGAAAGGCGGGAAAAAAUAGCUAAUGAGGAUUACGGGCACUAUAUUCAUGGGAAUAGGUAG